AAUUUUAACAAAAUCUAAUACAUGAAAAAGAAUUGCAAAAAGGUAAAGAAGUUUUCGUUAAUAAAAAUUUUAAGGAAGUAAAGUGUUUAUCAAAUCUUGGAAUAUAAUAUUUGAAAAUUAAAUCAAUCGUUUAUAUCAGCAUUUAAUAGAUCUCCCCCAACAAUGUCGAGUGCGCCGUAUAAUUACAACUAUAUUUUCAAAUAUAUAAUAAUCGGUGAUAUGGGUGUAGGCAAGUCUUGCAUAUUACAUCAAUUCACUGAAAAGAAAUUCAUGGCUAAUUGCCCUCAUACAAUCGGCGUGGAGUUUGGUACACGUAUUAUUGAAGUUGAUGAUAAGAAAAUCAAGUUGCAGAUAUGGGAUACUGCAGGACAAGAGCGUUUCAGAGCUGUAACACGAUCGUAUUAUAGAGGCGCUGCAGGCGCUUUAAUGGUUUAUGACAUUACCCGACGUUCUACAUAUAAUCAUCUUAGUAGCUGGUUAACAGAUACGCGAAAUUUGACAAAUCCAAAUACAGUUAUAUUUUUGAUUGGUAACAAAUCUGAUUUGGAGAGUACAAGAGAAGUGACAUUCGAGGAAGCUGAAGAAUUUGCUAAAGAAAAUGGUUUAAUGUUUUUAGAAGCAAGCGCCAUGACGGGACAAAACGUAGAAGAAGCAUUCUUGGAAACAGCUCGUAAAAUCUAUCAAAACAUACAAGAGGGUCGUUUGGAUUUAAAUGCUUCUGAAUCGGGUGUACAACAUCGUCCUUCUCAGCCGGGACGAACCACUUUAACCAAUGAGGCCCCUUCUGCUAAAGAUCAGUGCUCAUGUUAAACAUUUUUUUUCUCUCUACUUUCCUUUUUCCGUUUUUUUUCUGUACUUUUGUAAAUUUUUUCAAAUACUACUUUUUAUAUAAGAAAAAAAGUAAACAUUUUCUAUACACGCAAGUAGCUAUUUGUAAAGCCUAUAAUUAAUUUAAAAAAAAAAAAACAAGAAAAAAAACACACAUAGAAGAAAUGCAAUAAGUGAAAUAUUUACUCUUUAAAAACGUCCUCAAAAUCUACGACUUUUUUUAAAAAAACUGUGCGAAAUAACAGAGAAAAAAAAA